UUUAUAUUACUAACAUUUCACAAUUGGCAUUUUUAAUUGACAACUACAUCCUGAGAAGGUUAAUAUCCUCCAUUAACUCAUUACAAUUAAAAUUCACAAGCGUAGUAAGUUAUUCGAAAAGUACAUUUGCUAGCGCACAAAGAAGAAACUGCAAGUCGAGAUUAAAGUAUUAAGUGAGAUUGCUGCUUACGUGUUAAAUAACAAAUGUUGAAAAACAACAAAUAAUAAUUAAAUUAUAAAAAUAUAUAUAUAUAAUAAACACAAGGGUAAAAGGUAACCAAACAAAUUGCUUCAUAGGCAGUUGCUCAUCAGCGAAAGUAACGAAAGGUUGAGAACCACCACAAGAAAAAUACGAGUUUGGAAAUCAUAAAAGAAAUAAAUCAACUAAUACAUAAGACAAAAAAUAAAAAAAAAUAAAUAAAAAAAGGAAAGAAUUAUAAUCCAUUUCAUACACAUACACGCAACGAAUACUCAGGGAACGACUAGAUUAGUCAAUAAUGGCUAUUGGAAACAAAAACUUCAUUGUAACGCUGAUAUGUUUUGUCAGUGUAGCCAAAGCUACUUCACAACUUAAAUCUCUUGUGGAUAAACUUGAUGAAGGAGGUAUAAAUGUUGAUCAAUUCAAAAAUCAAUUCCCAGCCGAAUUUCCAAAAGGAAAUUUCUCAAUGGAAAAUGCAAAGGAUAUGGUCAAAGAUAAAUGCAUUAAAGAAUUAGGGCAAGAGAAAGGAACCAAAGCUUAUCAGGAAAUUGAAUCAGCCACUUUAUCAUUAGGCGAAUGUAUUACUGGCAUAUUCAAUUACAGUGCCAUGCAGGAAGAAAUUGCCGAAGCAUCUCCUAAAGGCGAACUAGAUGUAGUGUUCAACAAGUAUUGUGCCAAACAACCGGACUUAGUUAUAUGUAUGGAAAAUUUUAAUCAAAAACUUGUACCUUGCCUCGAUAAGGAUGAACGUGAAAGUCAAGAUGUCUUUAUGCGUAUGGUGCAUAAGUUACUAGAGUUUGUAUGCCAUAAAGGUGGCGAUCAAAUUGCAUUAUUCAUAGCUGAAAAAGGUCCUGAAUGCUUACAAGCCAAUCGUGAUGCUAUACAAAAUUGCUUUAAUAACACUUUCGCCAGUUAUGUACCAACCGAAGGUUUAGAAACUGUUAAGUCUCUGCCAAAAUUAGUAUUAAAUGCUGAACAAUGCGAAGAUAUUUAUCGUUUAGAAACCUGCAUUGUACAAAAAUUGGAAACAUGUGAAGAAAUUACACCCGCCAAUAUUAUUGAAUCUCUGUUUCGUUUCAUGAAAAAUGAAACCAUUUGCCGUAACAGUGGACCCCAUAGACUUGUCAGCGGUAAUACGAAUACUUUAUCAAUAAGUUCAUCAAUCAUAUUAUCCGUUUCGUUAUUACAACUUUUAAAUAUGUAUAAUCGUUAUAUGGUAUAUAACGACUAAAAUCAGCUAACUAAACGUGGCUUCAUCUUUAUAUCAGUUCGGACAUAUAUUGAAAUGAAAAAAAAAAAAAAAAAAAAAAAAAAAUUAAGAACAAAAGAAAUUCACAAUUAUUGUGAUUAUUUUAUAUAGAUUUUAUGGAACAAAAGCUAAUUAAUACUCGAAUUAUUUGAUGAGUCAAACAUAAAAACAUAGUUCAACCAAGAAAUAUCAACAUUGCACUAUUGAACCUAUCAAUCGCAAUUAAUCACAGCCCUAUACAUAUAUAUAUAUAUAUGAACAAUGAAAUCUAUACAUAUGUGUGGUGUGAUUAACUGUAAACACACACUCAAUUUGAAGCAAUCUUUUAACAGAACAAGCAAAUAUUUUCUCAGUUGAUUUUAACAAAACGCUUACAAGGCAAUCAGUUAAAAAUUUUGAAUGUACUUGGGAAAAUUGUUUUCAACUUUGUAACUCAUUUUGCAUUCUAUCCGGAAACUGUAUUCAAUGGAAGGUAUAAGUUAUAUCUAAAACUAGUUUUUUGUUUAUACGUUCAUGUAAGAAUUUACAAUAUACAUAAACAUGUAUAUAAACAUUAGGGAAUAACGAUAUUUAGCAAUACAAAGUAAGUUCAUUUAAACGGUGUAAAGUUUAUUGAUAAACAUGUUUUUAUUUAACUUUUUUUUUUUUUUUUUUUUCUUUUUUCCCUUUAUCUGAAUUUUUAUUUCCCUUAAGUAAUUAAAUAAUCAUCAUUUUAAGUGCAAAACGUAUUUUAUAAUUCAUUUGACGAAACGUUUAGUAAAAUUAUAUUCGAAUAAAAACUCUACGGAA